GAAGAAAACUGAGAAGCAUUUGUUGCGUGUCUGGUUUGGUCUCUCUCUGCAGGCGCUGCAACUUCAACGACAUGCCACUACGUUCAACAUCCCCAUAUAUUACGAUUCCAUGAAUUAAAACAACUCUAGAAGAAGAAGAAGAAGAAGAAGAUAUUAGAAGUAGCAUGUCAGACGAGGAAACCGACUCAAGCUCCGUUGCUGCGUUAAUCAUUUUCUUAAUCUUGAUAUCAUGUGUGCUUGUCGCCGGAGAUUCUCUGGACGCAGACAGACAAGUCCUGCUAAAACUGAAAUCAUUUCUCGAAGAAACCAAUCGCGUUAAUCAAGGAGGAUACUCCCACUGGAACGAGCAGAUCUCGAAAAGCCCCUGCGAUUGGCCGGGAAUAACAUGCAGUUCAAACAAUGCGACUGCAAGGGUCACCCGCAUCGAACUCCCGAGCAGCCAAAUCGCCGGCGAGAUGUUCGGAAACUUCUCGCUGCUUUCCGAGCUCUCACACCUCGACCUCUCCAAGAACACUAUCGGCGGAUUGAUCCCGGAGGACUUGAGCCGGUGCCGGAAUCUUGUGCAUCUCAAUCUGUCACAUAACAUCCUUGAAGGCGAGCUGAACUUGAAUGGAUUGAAGAACCUGAAGACGCUUGACUUGUCUGUCAACAGGUUUUGUGGGGAGCUACAGUUGAUCUUCCCGGCAAUUUGUGACAAAUUGGUUGUUGUGAAUAUAUCGGCGAAUAAUUUCACUGGUGGGAUUAGUGGUAGCUUCGAUGAUUGCUUGAAUUUGCAGUACUUGGAUUUGAGCUCAAACAACUUCACUGGGCAGCUGUGGAAUGGUUUUGCGAGGCUGCUAGAUUUUUCUGUCUCGGAAAACUAUCUCACAGGGCCUGUUUCGUCGGACAUGUUCACUGAAAACUGUAGUUUGCAAAUUUUAGACCUGUCGGAAAAUAUCUUCAUCGGUGGGGUUCCGGAGGAAGUAUCAAAGUGUCGAAAUCUGGUUAUUUUGAAUCUGGCGGGGAACAAUUUUACUGGGGAAAUUCCAGCCGAGAUUGGAUCAAUUUCGAGCCUUGAAGCUUUGUACUUGGGGAGCAACAACUUUUCCAAUGUCAUCCCUGAUUCGCUUCUGAACUUGAACAACUUGACCUUCUUGGAUUUGAGCAAGAACAAUUUUGGAGGAGAUAUACAAAAGAUUUUUGGGAAUUUCACGCAGAUUAAGUUUCUUGUAUUGCAUGGGAAUUCAUACACUGGUGGGAUAAAAUCGUCAGGAAUUCUCAAGCUGCCUAACGUUUUAAGAUUAGACCUGAGCUACAACAAUUUUUCAGGUUCACUACCGAUUGAAGUCUCUGAAAUGCCAAGUUUGAACUUCUUGAUUCUUGCUUACAAUCAAUUUUCUGGAAAUAUACCAUCAGAGUAUGGAAACUUCUCCCGCCUGCAAGCCCUUGACCUCUCUUUCAACAGGCUUAAUGGAUCAAUACCGGCCACCCUUGGUAAAUUGAGCUCGCUCUUGUGGUUGAUGCUUGCAAACAAUUCUUUAACGGGUGGAAUUCCUCUGGAGUUGGGAAAUUGCACAAGCUUGUUGUGGUUAAAUCUUGCCAACAACCAGCUCUCAGGGAAAAUCCCACCUGAAUUGACGAAUAUUGGUAGAAAUGCCACGGCUACUUUUCAGUCUAAUAUCCGGCAAAGUAGCCGGAUUAUCGCCGGCUCAGGGGAGUGUUUGGCGAUGAGGAGGUGGAUUCCAGCAGACUACCCUCCUUUCAGUUUUGUGUAUACAAUCCUCACAAGGAAGAGUUGCAGAAGCAUAUGGGAUCGGUUACUUCAAGGAUAUGGUCUUUUCCCAAUGUGUGUAGCCGGUUCAUCGGUCCGGACCUUUCAAAUAUCCGGUUAUCUUCAACUAAGCGGGAAUCGACUUUCCGGCGAGCUCCCUUCAGAUAUUGGCAAGAUGCAGAAUUUCACUAUGUUGCAUCUGGGUAUCAAUGAUUUCUACGGGAAACUCCCUCCUCAGAUUGGACAGAUGCCGCUUGUAGUCCUCAACAUCUCCAGGAACAAGUUCUCCGGUGAAAUUCCCAAGGAAAUCGGUGAUAUUAAAUGCUUGCAGAAUCUGGAUUUGUCUUGGAACAACUUUUCCGACACGUUCCCGGCGAGCUUGGACCGCUUAACUGAGCUGAGCAAGUUCAAUAUCUCAUACAACCCAUUUAUCUCUGGCACAAUUCCAGCAACUGGGCAAUUUGCAACGUUUGAGAAGGAUUCCUAUAUCGGCGAUCCCCUGUUGCAUCUUCCAAAGUUCAUUGACAACUCUACAGAUGAUUCCCCUAAGAGAACAGAUCGGAAGCCCAAAAGACCUACAAAAUUGGCUGCAUUCUUGGCGUUCCUGGCUGUGAUUCUAGCUUUCUUGAUAUGUGGGUUUUUGUCAAUCAUAAUCUACUCAUUGAUAAAAAGCCCAUCAGAAUCACCGGGAUAUCUUUUAGAGGAAACAAAAAGCCCGCAUGAUUUUGCAUCGAGUUCUAGCUGUUCGUCACCAUGGUUGUCAGAUACCGUUAAGGUAAUCCGUCUGGACAAAACAGCUUUCACACAUGCCGACAUUUUAAAAGCUACCGGCAACUUUUCGGAGGAGAGGAUUAUUGGGAAGGGGGGAUUCGGCACAGUGUACAGAGGAGUAUUGCCUGAUGCCAAAGAGGUGGCUGUAAAAAGGCUUCAAAGAGAAGGAAUAGAGGGAGAAAGAGAAUUCCGAGCAGAAAUGGAGGUUCUGAGCGGAAAUGGGUUCGGUUGGCCGCAUCCAAACCUUGUAACGCUUUAUGGGUGGUGCCUGGAUGGCUCACAGAAAAUUCUGGUUUACGAAUACAUGGAGGGCGGAAGCUUGGAGGAUCUUAUAACCGACAGGAUGAAUCUGACAUGGCGGCGUCGAAUUGAUGUGGCAAUCGACGUAGCGCGGGCGUUGUUGUUCUUACACCACGAAUGCUUCCCUGCUAUCGUGCACCGGGAUGUGAAGGCCAGCAAUGUGCUGCUCGAUAAGGAAGGGAAAGCACGAGUCACGGAUUUCGGUCUUGCCAGAGUUGUUGAUGCAGGGGAUAGCCAUGUCAGCACAGUGGUGGCCGGGACAAUCGGCUAUGUUGCGCCGGAAUACGGGCAAACAUGGCAUGCAACCACGAAAGGCGACGUGUACAGUUUUGGGGUGCUGGCGAUGGAGCUGGCAACGGGGCGGCGGGCGGUGGACGGAGGGGAAGAGUGUCUUGUGGAAUGGGGUAGACGGGUAAUGGGAAUUGGGCGGCACGGAUUGAGUCGAUCAGCCAUACCGGUUGUGCUUCUGGGGUCUGGGCUGGCGGAGGGGGCGGAGGAGAUGAGUGAGCUGCUUCGGAUUGGGGUGAAGUGCACGGCGGAGUCUCCGCAGCGUAGACCAAACAUGAAGGAGGUGCUAGCUAUGCUGAUUAUGAUAUCCACCACAAGGGGAGACUUCAAUUAUGGCUCCUUUUCUCCUCCCCCGUGAUUUUAGGUUUCCAGAAAAAAAAAAAAAAAAAAUGUCCAUAAUUCUAGGGUGCUAUACACAGUUUAAUUACACACAUAAAUACUCAACAAAUUUUGACUACUGUAAUUCUUCUUGUACACAUCAUUCAUUAGUUGAAGAAGGUUUUUGUUUUUUUAUU